GAGAGGCGGCCGGCGGAUCGUUUACGCGCGGCCCGUUUUCGGAGGAGAUAUAGACUUCCCUGCACUUUUUCUGCUCACUUUUAAGUGGAUAUCGCAGCGCGCAUCGAGAAGCCGAUUUGCCCCACUUUUGUUGCGUGUGUGUGCGUACGCGCUUUUUUUCGCUCCCGCACCACAAUGUCUUUCCCACAGUUGGGAUACCAAUACAUCCGACCGAUAUACCAGCAAGAGCGGCAGGGGAUCAGCAGCGGGCGCGGCGGGGGCGAGCUGAGUCCGUCCGGUACGCUCUCCAACGUCCUGUCCACCAUGUACGGAUCACCUUUCACCGCCGCACACGCCUAUGGAGCUUUCCUUCCUUAUUCAAACGACCUGUCUAUUUUCAGUCAGUUGGGAGCUCAGUAUGAACUUAAAGACAGUCCUGGUGUCCAGCACCCAGCGUUUGCCCACCCUCACCCAGCAUUUUACUCCUACGGUCAGUACCAGUUCGGAGACCCAUCCAGACCGAAAAAUGCCACCAGAGAGAGUACGAGCACCCUAAAGGCCUGGCUGAGUGAGCACCGCAAGAACCCGUACCCCACCAAGGGUGAAAAGAUCAUGCUGGCUAUCAUCACGAAGAUGACCCUCACUCAGGUGUCCACCUGGUUCGCCAACGCCCGGAGGAGACUGAAGAAGGAGAACAAGAUGACCUGGGCGCCGCGCAACCGCACGGACGAGGAGGGCAACGUGUACGGCAGCGACCACGAGGGCGAGGACGGGGACAAGCGUGAGGACGAGGAGGAGAUCGACCUGGAGAACAUCGACACAGAGAACAUCGAGAGCAAGGACGAGCUGGACGAGCAGGACGAGCUGCACUUGGACUCCAAACUGGACGCUAGCUGCGACUCGGAAGUCUCGGACGGCUAUGAGGAUUUACACGAGCCCGAGCCGAAGCUUUUUAAUAAAGCCGCGAGUCAGGAGGGCAGAGAGUUGCACGGAGACGCGCACAGAGACACUGACCGACCCUUGCACCAUCACCACCUCCAUCACCUCCACCUCGGUCAUUCGUUAGAACUGAAAACGAGGGCGCCCGGCAGCGAGCAGAUUAAACUCAACCCGGUGUCCAACUCCCCCCCUGCGGAGAACAACGCAGCCCCGGCGCAAAAACCUAAGAUUUGGUCUUUGGCUGAGACAGCCACGAGUCCGGACAAUCCCCGGAAAUCUCCGAUCGUGAACGGGAGCGCGGCCCAGACAGUCAUGCCAACUCACAGACUUGUUUCGUGCCCUGUGGGCAAACUGCAGAACUGGACGAGCCGCGCGUUUUCGGCUCACCAGCUUGCGCUCCUCAACUCAAACCACUAUAUAGGACUGGCCAAUCAGGCCAACGGGCUUGCCCUGUAUUCCGGCAGCAGGCACACAGAGGAGCGCAGUGCCAGCUCAGAGACUGCCCACACAGGUACAUCACAUCCGUCUCACUGAGCCUGGGCCCUACAUGUGAAUACUUUUGUGAACACCUUCCUCUCAAACACUGUUUUCGCUUUCCAACCCGGCGCCUUGUUUUACUAACUCCAAAAGGCUAAAAAAAAACUCCACACAAGAGGAAGCAUGCGGACUAAAAUGGGGAAAUGCAAUUCUAUUCCUUCAUACACUCGAAUUUUUAAGAAGAAUUAUUAUUGCUGUUUCUCUUUUAUUCAUUUAUUCAGGUAUCCAGAUUGAGUUUUGAUUCAUUCUCAUUGCUCUCGUUAUUUGAAACAACAAAAAAAAUCUAGUGCCUUGAAAGCAAAUAAAAAUAAGCAAGUGUGUCAUCGAUUUAUACAAAUCAGCUUCAUGAAAAUGAUCUGAAAAUCUCAUUUAGUUAAUUGAGUUGUUUUAUUCCGAGCUGCGUCUGAACCUGGUUUAUUUCCAUGUGCGCUUUUGGUUUUUGUGCAGUUGGAUGUGAAACAUCAAGACGAGAAUGGAAUCUCAAACGCGUCUUCAGGCAAUAAUUCAAUCAAACAAUAGGCUACACAUGGGCAGUAUAUUUAAUUUAUUACUAUUAUGUUUAAAUAUGGACAGGAGUUUAGGCAUAGCUAGUUACUGCGAACAUUUUGGUGCAAUAUUUCAUGACAUGUACUGUACACGCUUAUUUGCAGUGUUUGUCCUUAUAGGCUGGAUUUUAUCUACACAACCUAGAAACACACCAACCAAAAAGUAGAAGAAACACAACGCAAUGGUUAUUAUUAAUAACAGCAAAGUUUACACAUCAUGCAACGGUCUGUAAUUCCUACAGUUAUUUAGUUUUUUAAAUAUUCGAUCCCCAGUUCUGAUUGCUUUUCCCCCUCAUGCUCAUUCAAGGCCUCAGAACCAACCUGGAGCUGCCAUGCUUCUUUUAUUUCCCACCCGCUGUUUUCAGAGACUGUUCGUCUUGGUUUUUUAUUUGAACCUGUUAUAAGGAAUGUAAAAACUGUUGAAAUAACACAUCCUGUGUACUUACCUUGUAAGCAUGUCCUUGUGUAUAAUUGCUAAUGCAAUGCUGUAAGAAAUUGUAGUCUGUGAGAUUUUCCCCUCUCCUUUUUUCUUUUGUUUUGUGAGGAUUCGAUGUUGCAAUGUUUUGUAUAUAUAUAUAACGUUAAGAAAGAAAAUGUACAUACUUGUGAUCCGAAAUUGUACAAGAAAGUCUAUAUUUUGGCUAAUAAAUGAACGGCAACUUAAAAUGCGA